AUGCCCGAAGGGGGGAAAUCAAGGAACAAGAAGAAGAACAAGGCUCAGGCCCGGCCCGAUGCCAUCAUUGUGAACAACCCAGAGGAUGAACCAAAUCCGGGGGAAAUCGACGUCGUGCAGUCGAACAAUCCUGAAGAACAUAAGCCGGAAGAAUCCACAAAUGGAAAAGAGAAUGACGCUGCUUCAACUGAUGAUGGACAUGCCGAUAAUGACACCGACGAUUCAAGGGCGAAAUCACCAAUUUUGGAAGCUCUCCGAUCCAAAGACCGCUUUGAUGCCCUCGUAAGGGACCGAGACUCGCUGCGUGCUGAAGUGACCGAUAUGCGGAAAUCACUGGAACAGAUACAGUCGAAGCACCACAUAGAUAUGCAGGCUCUACAAAGCAAGCUGGAUGGUGCAGAAAGCAAAAAGGAACAUGCAGAGUCUCAAUACCGUGGUCUACUCGAGCGGGUGAAUACGAUUAAAGCGCAGCUUGGCGAACGUCUCAAGGAAGAUGCCGAGGAGAUUUCCCAGGCGCGGUUGAGGAUAGAAGAGUUGGAGGAACAGAAUUCGAGCACAAAAGAAGAAUAUGAGUCCAAGAUCUCGGAGCUGACAGAGGAGAACCAGAGGAUGUCGAAGGAGCUUUCUGAAUUACGAGAACGGACGAAUUUGUCUCAACAGAAUUGGCUAAGGGAGAAAGGUGACCUUUUGGAGCAAGAGUCGUAUCUACAGUCCGAAUUCGAGCAAGCAAAGGAGGCCAUGCACAAUUGGGAGGUGCUCGCCAUGGAGGAACGCUCGAUCAGAGAGAAUCUUGGGGAGAAAGUCAUAGAUCUAGGGGAACAACUGACUACCGUGAAGGACGCAUACGAAAGAACAUCUGCCGAGCGCGAUUCGCAAGCAGCAACCGUGGAUGGGCUACAACGGGCUCUGCAAGAAAUCCAGGCCGCGCGUAAACAAGAGCUUCGUGAACUUGUGGAGAGCUCCGAUACCCAGCUUGAGGAACUCAAGCUGGCACUCAACGAGGCCAAAUCAAAAGAAUCAGAGGCGAGGAGUUCUCUACAAGAUAUCCGACAAGAGCUUGAGAGAGUCCGGCCCUUUGAAAAAGAAGUCAGGGAGAAGAAUCUUCUUAUUGGCAAACUUAGACAUGAAGCUGUUACGUUGAAUGACCACUUGACAAAAGCUUUGCGAUUCCUUAAAAAGGGAAAGCCUGAAGAUAAUGUUGAUAGACAUAUAGUCACAAAUCAUCUCCUACACUUCCUUGCAUUGGAUCGAUCGGACCCAAAGAAGUUCCAGAUCCUACAACUCAUUGCGGCUUUACUAGGGUGGUCGGACGAACAGCGCGAGCAGGCCGGUCUGGCCCGUCCAGGCGCGUCUGGGACAUCUUCAAGGCUUCGGGUCCCUGGUUCACCUAUGCAUCGUACGCCUAGUACACCUACUCUAGCAACCGAGUUUAUGGACAAUGGGGCAACGAGCAAGGAGUCGCUAGCGGAACUGUGGUCAAACUUCCUUGAGCAAGAGUCACAGGCCUCAUCCCUUGACACUAAUUCAUUGACGAGUUAUCAGUAUAUGCAUUCCUUUUCUAAGAUCCGUGGAAAACUGUCAUCUUUUGUUGGGCAUCGUGCAACACUACCGCGCAUCGCACUUUCUACCAUGGCCACCAGUGCAGUACAAAAGUAUCGUCCUGUUGUAGUGUCUGGGCCCUCUGGAACUGGGAAAUCAACACUACUCAAGAGACUAUUCGCCGAAUAUCCGAAUACCUUCGGCUUCUCUGUUUCUCACACAACUAGAGCCCCUCGACCUGGCGAGCAACACGCCCGCGAGUACUACUUCGUAACAAAGGAGGAUUUCCUCGACCUCGUCAGCAAAAAUGGCUUCAUUGAACAUGCCCAAUUCGGCGGCAACCAUUAUGGAACGAGCGUACAAGCCGUGAAGGAUAUUGCAGCGAAGGAACGGAUAUGCAUUUUGGACAUUGAAAUGGAGGGCGUGAAGCAAGUAAAGAAGACUGAUCUGAACGCGCGGUUCCUAUUUCUUGCGCCGCCAUCUGUCGAAGAGCUGGAGAGAAGGUUGCGUGCUCGCGGCACGGAAACGGAGGACAGUUUACAGAAACGGUUGACGCAGGCCACGAACGAGCUCGAGUACGCGAAACAAACUGGCGCGCACGAUAAGAUAGUUGUCAAUGAUGAUUUGGAGACUGCGUACAAGGAAUUGAAGGAUUACAUAGUUGAUGGUGGGAAGUUCGGAUUGGAGGCAUAA